GCAUGCGCACAGCAGAGCAGAGCGGUCCCCUCUCUCUGCCAGCUCAGCUGACAAACAGCAGCACCUCGGCGGCGGCCAGAUGAUGAUGGCAGACUCUGGAAGUACCGAAGAAGUGGCUGUGAUCGGUAACACCGACAUCACCUCAGCGGAAUCCGAAAACAACAUCAUAAACACGAUGGUGGAGAGAGGGACAGCUCUGUUGAGGAAAAUGGAGAUAAAUGUGGCGGAGGCAGAGAAGAGAACGGGGAAGAACACGGUCAACAUGCAGGAAACCUACACGGUCUACCUCAUAGAAACACGGCCAGCUGAAACGAUCCCAGAGGGGGCUAUGCCUGCUGCACCUGACACUUUGUGGAGACGCUACAGUGAAUUUGAGCUGCUCAGAACAUACCUCCUGGUCACCUUCCCCUACAUCAUCAUCCCUCCACUACCAGAGAAAAGGGCAGAAUUUGUGUGGCACAAGCUGUCAGCAGACAACCUCGACCCAGACUUUGUCGAGCGACGGAGAGUCGGCCUGGAAAACUUCUUGCUGCGUGUUGCAUCACAUCCUGUCCUUUCCAAUGACCAAAUCUUCUUCCUCUUUCUGACAGAGGAGAAGGGAUGGAGGGAGGCAGUUUUGGACACUGGUUUCCAAGACAAGGUUGACUCCAGACUAAAGUCUCUGAGUGCGAUGUUCAGAGUCAAGAAUCCUGACAAGCGAUUCACAGCACUGAAGCAGUACAGUGAUGAACUGAACACUGUCAUCUCUCAGUUACUCAGGGUGCGGGCGAGAGUAGCAGACCGGAUGUAUGGAGUUUACAAAGUCCACGGUAACUACGGCAGAGUCUUUAGUGAGUGGAGCGCUAUAGAGAAAGAGAUGGGGGAUGGACUACAGAGUGCUGGCCACCACAUGGACACGUACGCUGCAUCAAUAGAUGACAUUCUGGAGGAAGAAGAGCAUUAUGCAGACCAACUGAAAGAAUAUCUUUUCUACACUGAUGCUGUCAGGUCAGUAUGUAGAAAAAACGAGUUGAUCCAGUAUGAGCUCGAGAUGGAGGUUCAGGACCUCGCCCAUAAGAAGCAGCAGAAAGAAGAGCUGCUUACUGGGACGGUGCGCAUCUUUUCUCUGAAGGGGAUGACGAGUAAACUGUUUGGCCAAGAGAGCCAGGAGCAGAGGGAGAGCAGGGUGGCAGCCUUGGACCAGAGUAUCCAUGAGGGAGAGGAAACAGUCCUGCAGAAGAACAAAGAGUGCAAGGAGUUUGUGCGAUCAGCUUGGGAAGACAUUGAACGAUUUAAGGAACAGAAGGACAAAGAUUUGCGUGAAGCGCUAAUCAGCUAUGCCAUUAUGCAGAUCAGCAUGUGUAAGAAGGGAAUCCAGGUGUGGUCCAACGCCAAGGAGUGUUUCAACAAAAUGUGAGCUACUUUCCGGCCAUUCGCUCUCAUGCACCAAAAACAAUAGCCAAUCAGAUUGGAACUGUCAGCCGAUCUUUAAAAUGCAAUUUUAUGGAGAUGGCCAUGGGAGCCCAAAUACUGCCUUUGUUUUGUUUGCUACCUUGAAUCGAAGUUAAUUAUAAUGAUUCUGUCUCUUUCCCCCCCUCUCUAUUUCCCUCUCACACAGACACACACACUCAUUUAUUCUGAAAACGUUUCACAGUCAGAGUAAUUUAGCUUAUCCACACCCUUUAAAUCCAAGUUUCCCAACUGUACUAUUCUCUUGGCAUUCUGCUGAUGUGAUGUUUAUGCUGCAGAUUGUCCAGAUUAAAAUUUCUUUUUCCUCGUUAGUUGCACAGAAAAAAUUAGGAAGGAGAAGCUGCUCAUUCUAGUCAGUGGUUCAUUUUACUCUUUUUUUGAGUUACUUGCCUUAGAGAAAUUAAAACAGAAAAGUGUUGCGUGGCUCUACAUGUUUCACCUUUAGAGAUACAAAAACUAUUCUGCAAAACAUCUAUGAACAGCAUUCCCAGGUCUCUAAAAUGUAGCCACAAUGCACACUGAAAUAAGAUGGCAGUUAGGGAAUCAGCCUGAGAAUUGUUGCCGUUUGCUGUAUUGAAUGAAAUGAUCUGAAACUCGAGUUAAUAAAAAUAGAAGGUGGAGAUCAAUCAGGGACAAGAAAUCCUCGAUUCCAACACAAAGGGAAAAUGGACCACACUUUAAGAAGCCACUACAUAUUUACAGUUUCUUUUUCUUCAUGCUGGAGAAUUUAUGCUGUCAUUGAUCAGCCGACCAAAGGGCUUAUGACCAAGUUAUUGUAUAGUACAGAUCACGUGUUUGUUUGUUUGUGCCAAAAGCAUAGAGCCAUAAGUAUGAUCCAGUCACAAAGGCCUUAGACAGUUUUGGUUACCGUUGACUCUACCGUAGAUUUUUUUUUCUUGAACUCCUUAACGGAGGAUUUUUGGAGGACGGAAACACGAUGCCCCAACAGACUACCUGAUCUACAAAGUGUAACCAUAAGUGUUAAAAGCAACACAUACAGACAAUAGUUGAGGUUUUUGCUCUUAAGCUUUAUAGCCUUACUAUGAACAUUGGUUUUGUACAACAGGGGAGUGACAAAAAAAAAAAAGCUGUGCCCUCUUUUCUGAUAUAAAGUCACUAAAUAAUCAAUCUGGGUUCCACGAAUGCCUCAGGUCAAUGUUUAUGGAAAAAUACUGACCAAAUACUGGAAACCUUUUAACUACAAAUUUGUUGGAUCCUCAGAGUCUCCAUACAUAUGCUGUACGUUCACAAUGCACGUGUUACUAUUGCUUCAUGAUAUCAAGUUGGGGAGGCAAAAUUGGUACAAAAUGGCUAUGACAUGUAAAAGCAUGUAAACACAAACCCUACCUUUUCAGAAUAAACUUAACCUGUUUACUGUAAUUAUCCCAAAUUGAGGCUUUAUGUAUGUUUUUAUAAUAAAUGAUAAAUUGUUUUUAUGUGUAUAUAAUCAUUGUGUUAAGACGCUAAUAAAAAUAUUUCCUUCUUUUUUUAAAC